UUGUCUAUGCUUGGCGAUAAAAGUCGCAAGUUUGAUAUCAUUUUAUUGGCCAUCAACGACACGGAUGAAGGAUUUAAACAAAUUCAACACCUUGCCGUGGAAGCAGACCUUCCCAUUAGAUACCUACAGCCAAAAGAAACUUCAUCGUUACCCGAUAUCCAGACCAAGAUCGUUAAAGAUAUUAUGGGAGGAAAUGCUGCUUCUAAAAUUUUAAACCCAUUUGUUUUAGAUCAGUACAAUGUCUAUGGUUUCCUGUGGCGGCGAAGAGGCUGGAAAGAUUGCAUAAGUUGGUAGAAGCAGGGAUCAUUGAUGCUUGGGAUAGAUCCAUCAUAAAAAGGUUAUUAUAUUCACGUUGGGGGGAUGAUGGAACUCUUAGAAAGCUGGUUAUGGAGAUUCACAAACUAGAGGAGGAGGAAGAUGAAAACUAUAUGAAUGGUAAAGGCGAAGACCAUUAUACUUCUGUGAUAAUGAAUAGAAAACCUAAGAUUCCAUGGAUUGGAUGGCAUCCAAACUUCAAGGCCAGUUUGUUGCAGCGGUUUACAAAUUAGGAGGAAUUGAAAAAGCUGAUGCAGAUAAAAUUCUUGAAGUCAUGAAUUUCCCACCUGGACUUACCAGGAAACAUGUUGACAUUCACCUUAAGGAAUACCGGUACAUCCGUGUAAGUCCCAAGGGGGGGAACCCAUCAUCUAAGAUGCCCUUUGAUAUAGAAGCCGAGCCCAUUUGUUCUGUCUCAAAUGGCUACAUUGAUGAUGCCGAUUUAUGGGGAAUGUGUGGCAGCUUUUAAUGCUUAGAGUGGUGAGGAGCAGGA